AUGGCGGAGCCUGUGGAUGAGGGAUGCCCUUCGCGCAUCCCCGAGCUGAACCUGGCUGGUAACCCCCCUUUAGAUGAUGCACCAGCUUCGGCGAGUAGUCCAACCCUGGCUCGUCGAUCAGACAGAAUCCAGGACCUCUUGGAAAUAAUUCUUUUGACUUUCCGCUUCGAUUUCGAGCGACUCCCGCCUGAAGCCCAACGAUCAUAUAAUCGGUUUCUAGAAAACAAGAGCUAUCAUGAGUUCGCAGCUAGACUGAAGCGCUUGGUAUUGGGUAGAAGAUUGGAUGGCUUCAUGGAAGGAUCGUCCAGUUGCCUGAUUGCUGUCACAAAGUUAUUUGACAGUAGAUAUCCCCAUCUAGGCCUCAAAAAGCUCCGUGAUGACUUAGUGAGCGGUAGAAAGAGAGCUGGAUUGGGGGCCGUGUCACGUCGCCGAGCACAAAAGAAGACCUUGCGUGAGACUCGAAACGAGCAAGCCGGCGAAUCUUCACGGCGAUCCUCUCAAGCAAACUUGGCUAGCACCAUUACCUUGCCUGGGCGAGUUCGUACUAGAGCACGCCCCGAGGGCCGAGUGGUGCAUUGGGCUCGAAUCGAACCAAGUUCCACUCAGGCUGAUCCAGAAACCGCGGGCCCUUCGAGUGAUAUCCCACCUACCCCUAUUGACGCCGUUGAGGCUGCAGAUAAUCUGGAAGACCGGUCUGCCCCUACCCAGAGGCCUUUGAUUCCCGGUUUCGCGAUUAGUACUCGAACGGCCCCUGUAGACCAAGGCAGUAACCAACCAGCAGUUGAAGGGUCCGGACGUGAACAGACUCACCAAGAGGAGAAUAUAGCUUGGCUGAAAGACUAUAACGAAGCACUCGGUGGUCCAAAGUACGACUUUAAUCUAUACCCCUACAAGGGAUGGAAGAUUGAGCCGCCAGAGAUCCUACUCCCUCGUGCGAUAAACUUCCUCGCCGAUGAAGAUAUCGAUCGGACUCUGAACUGGGGUCAAAAGAUUGCAGAGCUCACUGAGUAUUUCUCAUACCUUCUUCACAAUUGGCAGGGUGAAGAAUGGGGUACAGAACUCCAUGAAGCUAUUGAUAUGCUUCAUACGCACUGGCUUUUUGAGCAGUAUCACUAUGGAAAGCCCAAGUUGAACCUGAAGUUCGAUAAUGUAUGGCCAAAACAUAGUAAGAGGCUCCCACCCAUUCUCGGUGUCGAGACCACUGUCGAAAAGCCACAAAGUGAAAUGGGCGAGCGCAGAUUGCUCCUCAACGAGAUUCGACCAGCCAUUGAUAUUCACUACGAGUUGCCUGGUGAUGUUCUCGAAAAGUACAUUGAUCUUUAUGCAUCCAAAGCCUCCAACUACUGGGAAUCUGCACCUCAUUCCCUAUUUUCCCGCCAUGAGCUGGUCAAGAUUGAGAACAACGCUUUUGAGAAGUGCAUCUUUUCGGGCAUGUCAACAACCGACAGACUGAUCAGAGCAUCUGAAGCAAAGUUCAAGUCGGAAUCUCACCGAAAAAACUUCAGUCCAGGUGCUCUUCAGGCGUUUGCCACGCUUCGUGGAAGUCAACGAGCAGCCUUCCAACAGACCUUGAACACACUGGACAAUUCUGAGAAUCUUGCAGUCUGCAACAUUUUCCGCACACUCAUUCUGCCGCCACCUAAAAUUCCAGAGAAGCCAGACGCAGGUGUCCUUCUCCCUACUAUACAAGUAGCAGAUGUUCCUGAAGAGGAGUCUCGCGACCCUUUCAGCUACACUGUGGCGCAUAGAUGGUACCUUGAAGCAGAGCGUUUCUGGAAAGACUGGUCGAAUGAGCACGCCGUCAAACAAUGCUAUAGUCACAAGCAAUGGGCGGAACGCGAACAGCCCAUCAUGGAUUUGCCCAAGAACUGGUUGGGUCCUUUCGUUCAUGAUUUUCUGGAUCACGACAUGAAGAAGACUCUGGAGUUUCUGAGGAGAUGCGAAACCCUGCUAAGGCGUAUUUUCUUACAAGACGAACGAGUACCGCGACCCUUCCUGGCCGGCAUGAAGCAACUAAUGCUUGCGGGACUCUCGGGCAGGCCGUGGGAUGAAAUUGAGCUGGACUUCAAAGGCGAAGAUUUUGUCUCUGACUCACAGGAUCUGGCUCAUAUCCGCCCCUUGGAGGAAGGCUUUUUGCGAUUGUUGGGCAUGGAAUCCAUCCAUUCCAACACUGUCGACCCAGAGAUCAACCAUGAUGGCACUAGUCCUCUCUCUUCCAUAUUCGAACAAAGAGUCAGGGAAAUCAUGUAUCCGCGGGGCUCAUCUACUGUCGCCUCUUACGACUUUGCUAAUUUCAUGGUGUUACUCAAUGAAGUAUGUGAUGGGCCAGUGAAGCGCUGGAGAUUCUCCAAUGAGGAGGCCUUGGAAGAACUGGAACUUCUUGAAAGAAGGGGAGUGGUUAAAUUGAACGAGAACAAUAGUGUAUCAUCUUCUGUUCCCAACCUUCAUCCUGAGCAACGUGUUCGGUGGCUCGACACUGACGACGACCUGGACGCAUUCAUGCGAGGUGUUCAAGCGACUAGGGCUGAUCAACCCGAUAAUGACGAUAGCGAUGACGGUGACGACAGCGAUGAUAGUGAUGACAGCGACGACGAAGAUGAAAUCAUGACGAUCUCAACAGACGUCAGCGUCCCAAAGUCGGAGGAUCUUGGUAACUACAUGUUUGGUCUUCCCAAAAUUGAAAACCUCCACAGUUGGGUAGAGCUUGGGACUGCGGGUGGCAGAGAGGCUAGCGAGGAAGAUAUGCCUAGAACCCAUAGGUUCUUCCAACGCCUCUGCUUCCGACUUGGAAGGACGAUAAAGGACCUUCGAGAGAGGAUGGAAACAUACAAGAGGCAACUUACACCCGAACAGCAAGACCGUAACCGCUGUUUUCUCGACACAAUGGUGAAUGAAUGGGAAUCAAAUACUAGAACACGACCAGAGUUGCGUAGGUAUAACCCCAACAAACCAGUAGACGAGGUUUUCGCCCAGACAGACUACGCAGAAAUCAUGCAUGUAUGCCAGCACGAACAUGAUUUUGGUAAGUCUGGGUACCCCGAAAUCACUUACGGAUGCCAGAAUGAGUCUUACAGGUUUUCUGUGGAUGUCGUUCGAAAGGCGAUUCUCCGCGAGGCUUAUGAGAACAAGAGCAUGCUGUUGCCAAACCGUAUUGAUCGCAGCGUGGAUGAAAAGGGACUGCGGACUCGAUCCCCUCUUCGACGUGAGCCAGUUUGGUCCUUUGCUCAUCCUGAUCGCAGAGGCAAGGCACCACGGUUUUGGGACAUUAACCGUUGGCCGCUUUAUCUGCAAAGCGAAUCGACAGCUGAGAGCAUCAGAUCUGGGCGAUGCUACAAGCCUGUUCCUUCGCCUCUGGCACCGGGAUCGAAUAAGGGGCCACGGAUCUCAGUACGAUUUGCUACCCCUCCGGUAUCACCCAUUUCAUCUGGAUUGCCUACAUUUCAACGAGAAUUGCAUGGCGAAGUCCAGCCUGAAGCCACGACUAUGGCUUCCGACAUGAUUGAAAGUCAAAUCUACCGUUUCCCUGGCUUUGGUGAGAAGUUCACCGUCACGUUCCAGGAUCUAGCGGACUCUCGUCGGACUUUUACAACCGGGUCUUCUCAGUAUCUCCUUGGAGACACGCCUCUGCAGAAGAAGCAUAUCGAGGAUCUCAUCAAGAGUGGUAUACAGACAGAAGAACCACCGACUUGGACUCAGCGCCUAAGUGCUCUAUUUGGUCGUAAGAACGACCCAGUGGAUCCUGGUGCGCUGCCCAAGGUCAAUCCUCGCGAUGUUCCCAAGAGCAAGCCUCGGAGCGAGCCCGAGGAUUCGUCCGAUGAGCCUGCUCAAGGGGAGGAUUCUUCUGCUGGAAGCGAAGAUCUUGAAAUGGACGAAUCUGCGAUACAACUUUGGGAAGAAUCUCAGGCUGGCCCAUCUUCAGAACGGCGCUCAUCUAGUGCCCAGGCACCUUCACCAAUUGACCCAAGCCUCCCGACUGAGCCUGGUCCAUCCUCCGUCUCCCCUACAGAGCCUGGGACUACCCAGGGAGGAUCGAGCAGCCUAUGGGGACGAGGCUUGCCCGGGGCUUUGCCUAAGCGGCUGAGGCUUAGACAAGCAACAACUGAAAUACAGUCUUACCCGGUUGAGUUGGAGGUAAUCGAGCCGGAGUCUGGAUUGCCAGAGCAACAAGAAGAGGACGAGAAGUCAGAUAAUGAUAGUUUGUUUGGUUCGUAG